UAAUAAUUCUAACAAGAAUGAUGAUGAAAUUGUUUCAUUGAAUUUAACCGAUUUCAUACAUUAUUGUCGAUUCUAUCCAAAUGCAUUAGAAUUGAAUGAACAAUUUAAUAAUUCUAAAUUUAUUGAUUGUAUGGAUCUAGCUCCAGUUGUCGUCAGUAUGCAAGAAGGACAUAAAUGUUUUACAUAUUUUAGCGAUUUGUUUGGUGAUAUUUCACGUUUAUAUAAUAAUAAUAAUAAUAAUGAUGAUGAUGAUUAUGGACAAAAUAAUCAAAAUUCAACAAUCAUGAUGGAUUUUGAUCGAUUUCCAUAUUUAGAAAUUAGUGUUAAAGGCAAAUAUCUUCAAUCAGCAACAAAUGGCCGUAAUCAAAUUAAAAGUUCAAAUUUAUUAUAUGAUAAUUCAGAAAUUGGUGAAACGAUUGGCAUUUUUAUUGUAUUACAUUCACCAACAAUAUUAGCUGAUAUGUUAAGUCUUUCAUAUCAUCGUAUAUUUCCACGUAAAUAUAUGCAAAUUCAAUUUAUAAAAAUGCAUGAAAAACGUAGACCAUGGCCAUAUCGAACAAAAUGUUUUGAUUAUAAUCGUCUUGUCAAUAUAACACCAGAUGAUCAACAACAAUCAGUGUUUCGUGAACAUAACAAAAUUGAUGAACAGGAUCUACAAUUAUUUCGUUCACGUGGUGAAUGUUUUCUUUAUUGUAUGUGGCGACAAUUAGGACACGAUGAACGAUGUUUAAAUUUCUAUACCAUAUUCACUGGACAUCUAUAUGCAAUGGAAACACAAUGUCGUACAUUUGAUUUGCUGCUACGUGAAAUGAAUGAAAUUAUCAAUGAUCAAUGGAAAAAUCGUUGGAAAAUUAUGGAUGAAAUUUCCAAUGCGCUGCUACGGAAUUCACAUAUUGAAUUCUGUAAUAUUAAUGAUAGUUUUCAGCUUUAUGGUCAAGUGAAACGUGAUUGUUUAGCUAAUUGUCCAAGUGAAUGUCAUUCGGAAACAUUUUGGAUCGAUACAAGCUAUAAUCUAGAUAUGAAUAUGAAUGAUAAUGAUUCAUUAAUACGUAUUGAAUGGUCAACCGAACCGGUUGCCUAUAUUGAACAUCGUGAAAAAUUUACCACUUCAUCAUUUCUAGGUAAUAUUGGAGGACAUGCACAUAUUUGGCUCGGUAUUUCUGUUAUUGCAAUUUGUCGUUUUAUAAUUGAAUCAAUUAAAUCACGAUCAACUUCACGAAUACGAUGUUUACAUAAUCAUUUAUGGUUCAUAAGAUUAAUACGUGGAUUUCAUAUGAAUAAUCAUCAUACUUGAUAAUAAAAACUAUCUAUUAUUCAUUAUUA